AGCAUGAAAUUGGCACGCAAACUGAUUGUUUGGAUAUUUCCACUAUUUGUUUUGGCUUUUCUGCUCACCGUGAGCGAGGCCUAUCUGAAUAGCGUCCGGGUGGAGGAGAUACCCUUUAAACGCACGCCGCCGCGCCCGGCCAGUCUGCAGGGGAGUCGAGCCAGCGGCAUACAUUUGAUCUCCAGCCUGGAGCAUCGUCGCACUUUCCUGCAAAUAUUUCAGGUGCCCUACAUCAUGUGCUUCUAUGCCGCGAAGGGUAAGUGGCCGUAUGUGCCGGGCUUUCUGAGAUCGCGUGUGGAUAGCUCGGCGAGAAGUUUCUUUCUGCAGAAUGACAGCUAUAUAAAGGACUUUUGCACCAAGUGGAUACAGGUCAAGGAAUGCUUUAGGCCGGUUUUUGACAAAUCGAAUAACUCGGAUGUGGAAACUUUGGAUGCCCAGACCUUAAAGCAGCGCUGCGACAAGCUGGUCGCCUCGGAACCGGUAGUACCCGUUGUCUAUUUCGACAAAAAUCACAUUGGCAAUGUUAGCUCGGAGACUAUUUUGAGCACCAUCGAGUUCCUUGAGAGCUUUUUACCGCCGCCCACCAAAAAACAUAAGCGCAAGAACCGUGUACGUGGCCGCUUGGAUGAAAUGGAUAUUGAAUAA